AACGACGAGUACAAAACACUAGAAUCGGAGUUUCAAUCUCAAAUAUUGUCAACUAGAAAAACAAAACCAGUAGAAGAAGAAGAAGCAAGGACACAUUUGUUUCCCAUACGAAAAAAGACUAGUGACUUAAUGGAAGAAUCGGUGAUUGAUGCAUCGAUAUAUCCCGAACCAAAUGAAGUGACAUCUGAAUAUGAAAGUUUUACAAAACCUAGCAGACAUGUAUUACGUCACAUCAGUAAGAAUGGAAUAAGACAACAUUUGAAAGAAAGUCUGGAUGAAGUAUCUGGAUGUUGUAAAAAUGUGAUACAGAAGAAGCUUGAACGAUAUAAUUCAAGAGAAACCGAGAAAUUCGAGAUCAAUAUAGAUAAAAUAAAGAGAACAUUAGACAUGGAAUUCGAACAGUUUUAUAACAAUCUUAAAACUGACAUUGAAAGAUUAUACGGUCGAAGGAUUGAUUGGGAAGAUUUCAAAGUGUGUCCUUUCUGUCAUAUUAAAGACACGCAUUGUAAAUGUACUUCUUUACCAGAAAGAAAUAAGACAAGAUCCAGGCCCAAUGUGGAUAUUACAGUUAUUAUAAUAAACAGGCUAAAAGAAGAAUUUUAUGUGGCUACAGUCAGGUUCCGUGAGAAAAUAAAAUACAGCUUUGAAGGAAAAGAGGUUGAGAUGCCUAAAGAGGAAGAUGAAAUAGUUCAUACCCAGCCUUUAAAGACGAGCAUGGAAUAUGAAAGCCUGAUACUUGGAUCAGAAAUGCAAGAUAAAUGGUUGGAGAUUAAUCAGCAUAUUGGUCAAAUAGUAGAGCGGUUACAAAAGAGAAUGGUAUGGUUUACAGCAACAUUGCGCAGAUCUUCCA